UUUGAGACAGCUGCUCUGAGAGAAUGCAGUCAGCAAGGAGCAGCCAGAAAUUCCUCCUUGCAGAGGGUGACUCGUGGGAGGAGUUCAGUCUGCUAAGUAUUGUCAUUUGCUGAGAGAAGGUGUGUGCUCCAGAAGGAGUUUUAACCUGGAGGAUCAUUAACUCUUUCAGUCAGUUGGGGCGCGGCGGUGGCUCGGCAAGUUCGUCCUGGAAGCCUGUGCCCAGGAGGGUCGGGGAGGAGGAGUGGAAUCACUUGUUCAUGGGGGACCACUUUGAGAAGGGCCAGCAUGCUUUGCUCAAUGAAGGAGAAGAGAAUGAGAUGGAAAUAUUUGGCUAUCGGACUCAAAGCUGCCGGCAAGCCCUCUGCCUGGCUGGGUCCAUCGUAUCAUUUGGAAUCCUCCCCUUGGUGUUUUAUUGGAGACCAGCUUGGUAUGUCUGGGCAAACUGUGUUCCAUGUUCCUUGCAAGAAGCGGACAUUGUGUUACUGAGGACGACGGAUGAAUACCAAACUUACUCUUCGAAAAAGGUAGUGUGGAUCCACCUGUCAACAUUAAGCAGCACAUUUGGUCUUACUCCUGACCACCCUCUCAUUACAGAUGAGGAGUAUAUCAUAAAUAGAGCCAUCAGAAAGCCAGACCUAAAGGUGAGAUGCAUAAAAGUGCAGAAAAUGAGAUAUGUUUGGAAUAACUUAGAAGGACAGUUCCAAAAAAUUGGCUCAUUGGAAGACUGGCUCAGUUCUGCCCAGAUACAUCUAAAAUUUGGAUCAGGGCUAACAAGAGAAGAACAAGAAAUUAGGAGGCUAAUAUGUGGGCCUAAUACUAUUGAUGUUGAAAUCACACCUAUUUGGAAACUGCUCAUCAAGGAGGUUCUAAAUCCAUUUUAUAUAUUUCAACUCUUCAGUGUCUGUCUGUGGUUUAGUGAAGACUAUAAAGAAUAUGCCGUUGCCAUCAUAAUCAUGUCCAUCAUUUCCAUAGCUCUGACAGUGUAUGAUCUCAGAGAGCAAUCUGUAAAACUCCACCAUCUAGUUGAAUCACAUAAUAGCAUUACAGUCUCUGUAUGUGGGAAAAAUGCUGGAAUCCAAGAGCUGGAAUCACGCUUCCUGGUGCCUGGAGAUUUAUUAAUUUUGACAGGGAACAAGGUGCAAAUGCCAUGUGAUGCCAUUCUGAUUGAUGGCAGCUGUGUGGUAGAUGAAGGCAUGCUGACAGGAGAAAGUAUCCCGGUCACCAAAACUCCAUUGCUCAAGACAGAUAGCUCGGUGCCCUGGAAAUUGCAGAGUGAAGUGGAUUACAAACGGCACAUCCUCUUCUGUGGAACAGAGGUCAUCCAGGCCAAAGCAGCGAGCUCGGGUCCAGGGACUGUGAGAGCAGUGGUGCUACAGACUGGAUUCAACACUGCAAAGGGUGACCUCGUGAGAUCCAUUCUUUACCCCAAACCAAUGAAUUUUAAGCUCUACAGGGAUGCCAUCAGAUUCCUCCUGUGCCUUGUAGGGACGGCCACCAUUGGCAUGAUCUAUACUCUGUGUGUCUAUGUGCUCAGUGGGGAGUCUCCUGAGGAGGUGGUAAAGAAAGCCCUUGAUGUGGUCACCAUCGCAGUCCCUCCUGCCCUGCCUGCUGCCCUGACCACGGGUAUUAUCUAUGCCCAGAGGAGACUGAAGAAGAGAGGCAUCUUCUGCAUUAGUCCUCAGAGGAUCAACGUGUGUGGACAGUUGAACCUUGUCUGCUUUGACAAGACAGGCACCUUAACAAGGGACGGCUUGGAUCUCUGGGGAGUGGUGCCCUGUGAUAGGAAUGGCUUCCAGGAAGUCCACAGCUUUGCCUCAGGCAAGGCUUUGCCAUGGGGCCCUCUGUGUGCAGCCAUGGCCAGCUGCCACUCUCUGAUCCUUCUCAAUGGGACCAUCCAGGGAGACCCUCUGGACCUCAAAAUGUUUGAGGCCACCACCUGGGAAAUGGCUAUUUCUGGGGACGAUUUCCACAUCAAGGGAGUGCCGGCACAUGCCAUGGUAGUUAAGCCCUGUAAAACAGCCAGCCAGGUCCCAGUGGAAGGAAUUGCAAUUUUACAUCAGUUCCCAUUCUCAUCGGCACUGCAGAGGAUGACAGUCAUUGUUCAAGAGAUGGGAGGUGACCGACUGGCAUUCAUGAAAGGUGCACCAGAGAGGGUGGCAGGCUUUUGCCAUCCUGAGACAGUACCAACUAGUUUUGUUAGUGAACUUCAGAUUUACACGACACAGGGGUUCCGGGUCAUAGCACUGGCCUACAAGAAGCUGGAAACUGACCAUCACACAACUGCCUUGACAAGGGAGAAGGUAGAAUCAGACCUGAUAUUUCUGGGAUUACUGAUCUUGGAGAAUAGAUUAAAGGAAGAGACAAAACCUGUGUUGGAAGAGCUCAUCUCAGCCCGGAUAAGGACUGUAAUGAUCACAGGUGACAAUCUUCAGACUGCAGUAACGGUGGCCCGAAAGUCUGGGAUGGUUUCUGAAAGCCAGAAAGUCAUUCUUAUUGAGGCAAAUGAGACCACUGGGUCCUCAUCAGCAUCCAUAUCUUGGAAAUUAGUAGAAGAGAAGAAACAUGCUGUGUAUGGGAAUCAGGACAAUUACAUUAACAUCAGGGAAGAAGUCUCUGAUAACGGCAGAGAAGGAAGUUAUCACUUUGCUCUAAGUGGAAAAUCUUUCCAUGUUAUAACUCAACAUUUCAGCAGCCUACUGCCAAAGAUACUGAUCAAUGGGACCAUCUUUGCAAGAAUGUCUCCUGGGCAGAAAUCCAGUCUGGUGGAAGAAUUUCAGAAAUUGGAUUACUUUGUAGGUAUGUGCGGUGAUGGAGCCAAUGACUGCGGGGCUUUGAAAAUGGCUCAUGUGGGCAUCUCUCUGUCAGAGCAGGAGGCAUCUGUGGCCUCGCCUUUCACUUCCAAAACUCCAAACAUUGAGUGUGUCCCUCACCUUAUCAAGGAAGGAAGAGCGGCUCUCGUGACCUCUUUUUGCAUGUUUAAGUACAUGGCCCUGUACAGCAUGAUUCAGUAUGUUGGUGUUCUGCUGCUCUACUGGGAGACAAACAGCCUGUCAAACUACCAGUUUCUAUUCCAGGAUUUGGCCAUUACAACUCUGAUUGGUGUAACAAUGAAUCUGAAUGGUGCCCACCCCAAGCUGGUGCCCUUCAGACCUGCGGGACGGCUGAUCUCCCCACCUCUGCUGCUCUCGGUCAUCCUCAACAUUCUUCUCAGCCUGGCCAUGCAUAUCGUUGGCUUCGUCCUGGUUCAGAAGCAGCCUUGGUAUUCUACGGAGUUGUACAGUGCCUGUACAGUGCAAAAUCAAAGUAUCUCAAAGUUAAACGUUUCUCCAACUGCUCCUGAAAAAGUUGGAAGUAAUGGUGCCUUUACAAGUUUUGAGAACACUACUAUAUGGUUCUUGGGAACAAUCAACUGUAUCAUUGUGGCUCUUAUAUUCUCUAAAGGAAAACCAUUCAGGCAGCCCACCUACACAAACCAUAUAUUUGUCCUUGUGCUGAUUAUACAGCUGUGCGUGUGUAUAUUCAUUCUAUUUGCUGAUAUUCCAGAAUUGUAUAAAAGUUUGGAUACUAACUGUGCUUCAUCACCCCCUGCCAGCUGCUCUGCACACCGGUCUUGUGGAGGGUCUACAUCCUCAUCAUGCUCAGCUCCAAUUUUUUGGUGUCCCUUGUUGUGGAGGAGGCCAUUAUUGAAAACCGAGCUCUGUGGCUGGCAAUCAAAAGAUGUUUUGGCUAUCAAUCAAAAAGCCAGUAUCGAAUAUGGCAGAGGAACUUGGCAAAUGAUUCCAGCUGGCCCCCACUAAACCAAAUCUCCUACUCCGAUAUGCCUGGGUGUGGCAGGGGGGUGUCCUACAGCAAUCCCGUGUUUGAGAGCAAUGAGGAACAGCUGUGAAGGAAAUGCAAUAUCCAAGAUGAUAUCACAGAGAAACGAUGACAAAAUUGACCUGCUUCAGUGAUGUUAAAGCCACAGGACUCUUACAAUAUCAACUGGAGAUUUGGAGAUACCAAAAUCAAUAUCAAGUCAUGGUGACAAAUUAAAGUCUGUUUGAUGAAAUCCUUUCUACAAAGAAAGUACUUCCUCUUGGCUUUUGAAAGUAUCAGAGGCAUCCCUUGGACCACGAAUGGGCCAAGGAUCGAAGUGGGCCAAGAGAUUGGCAGGUGGAAGGAGGAAAAUAUGGAAUCUUUUUCUUCUUAGGAUGAAUCUUCCUUUUUCUUUUUAAAAAGUGAAUUGAAGCGAAGUCAUACUAUGUGUAUUCAUAGAGUUGUAACAAGCUGAAGAGCAGUUUUGAAUUUUUACUUCAUCAAUGGAAAACUAAUGCUUGGGAAUCAUCAUGGCAAUCUUGACUAUUUGAUUUCCUUUCCUGCUUAGUAAUUUUCAGGUUUGAAGCUUCUUUCUCUGCUUCUGGGCUUCCCCAACAUAUUGUUAAGGAUAAGUUCAACCUAUGCUCCAAUAACAAACAACCUCACACCUCAGUGCCUUCACACACUGGAACUUCUUUCUUACUCCAGGCAACUCUAGAACAGCUGUACUCACAGUGCUGACUGAUCAACUGAUGGCUCCUCCUGGAUUUCAUGCUUCUGGUGGCAAGGGAAGACUGAUUCUGGAGACCACAUGGGGUGCUUCACUGUCUCAUCUCAAAAGUCUACUCUGCUCUCAUUUCAUUAGCCAGGAAUUUGGCCACAGAACUGGAAAGUGCAGUCUCUUGUUUCUGGGGGUACUUCAUGUUUCUACGUGUGUGUGUGUGUGUGUGUGUGUGUGUGUGUGUGUGUGUGUUACUGGGGAUUGAACCCACGGCAUCACGCAUUCAAAAUAAGCACUCUACCACUGAGUUAGAUCUCCAGUCCCUAGGGGGACUUCAUGGGAGUGUGACCUGUGACCACACAGGACUCCCUGCUUCCAAGGGCCUCAUGCUUGGCUUAAUACUGUGCUGCUUCUGUCUUAUAAUUUCUGAACAAGGUUGCCUCAUUUUCAUUUUGCACUGGGCCACACACAUGAUGCAGCUCUCUGACUGGCAUUCUAGGGGAAGCAAGGAAAGUAGCAUCUCAAAGAGCAUGAAUAUUGUCCGCUGAACUCUUCUUCUCGCCCUGUGAACUUCUCUGUUUUACUAACUCCUCCUCUUACCUGCUCAACUCUAGGAGUUUCCACUUCUCUGCUUCCUAUUUUUGAGAAUUUUUAGUCUUGUGCAUUCUGCCCUAUAUAUAUCAUCAUUGAUGAAAAUCACCUCAUAACCUUUGCAUUUUGUAAGUUUAAUCCUCCAGUUUCUGGAAAACAAGAUUUCCCCUUAUUUUAUCCCUAUUACAACUUGUUCAUAUUGGAUUCCUUCAGCAUAAAAAACACCCAGGUUUCUGUUAGGUCCCUAGACAACACUGAAGUCUAGGAGAACAUUCACAUGUAGUAUUUCAAAGCAAAAGUAAAAUUUCAUUAUGAACAUGAAAUCCUAAACGAAUGCUUUAAGCAGGGAAUGAAUGUUCUGGUCCUGUAGGCUUGGCUAUCUAUGAACAGCUCCUGCAAGCGUCCCUUUCCCCAACUGAGCUCUUGAGGCUAGUUGAUAGCUCUAGGAUUGUGACUAUAGUUGCUUCUGGGAACAUAGUGUCUCACAGCCAUGAGGGUACCUUGUUGCUUCUGCUAAUGAUUUUAAAGUAGGGUAUGAGGAUGUUUCCAUGUCCCAAGGCUACAGAAUCAUUGUCUCCUUUGGUACAGAAGGAAAUGUUUCCACCUGCAAAGACAGCCUCACCGCUAAUAGGGCAGCUCGAAAACUCUUUUUCUAAAACUGAUAGGUUUUUUCAUUUUCUAAAAGUGGAGAGAUAUGGUAGGGAUAGUCGUCACCAAGUGCUUUCCUUCCACUAAUUCAUUGGAAUUGCACAAUUCCCCAGUGACUCCACAAGGAAGGGCUUAUCUUCCCAUCACACAGAUGAGAAAACAGAGAUUCAGGGUGACAAAAGCAGAUCUAGACCUCAAACACAGAUCUUCUGAGCAGACUUUAUAUUGCUUCCUAAUAGUUCCUCAUUAGAAAGUUGCAGGAUGGCAGGGGGUUCAGAGUGAUCUCACAGUCAAGCAAAGAAUGGAUUUCUUAUUUGCCAGGUGGAAGGAGGUAACGCUUUGCUAAUAACAGGGCCUCUGUUCAAAUGAAUGAAGGCAUCCCACCAGGUUUGGGCCAGAGGCGUGCUAAAAACAAAACCUACCCAAAAUAAGAGUGUCUCUUUGUCUUUCUGAGACUGAGUUGCUCUAGCCUUGGUCCCCAAGGAUUCCAUCCUCAGCAACUUGUCUAUGGCUGGCAAGGAACAGGGGUAGAGGACUCUGGUCCUCCACUAGCCACCAAUCCUAAAAUCUUUGCCAAAGGGAUUCUUCCUAAAGACUGUGUUUUGGGGACUAACCGCAUCUUAGAAGCAGUAAGUGAAACGGAGAGCCAGGGAACUGAGAGAGCUGCACUCAGAUACUUGAUGGGUUGUCUCAGGAAAGAAGGCCACUUGGGCAGGAAGAAUGGGGACAAGAGGCAAAGAGCAGGUGGAAAGGACCACAGCUAACAUGAAGACCACGACCUUAGCAGCCAGCUCUGAGGGAAGUGGAAACGGGAGCGCAGGGUGUGUGCUCCGUGACAUCACAGGUGUUAGUGGCUAGUCCAAGACCAAUUAGAGAAGGGAGUCAAGUAUUAGAUGGAACUUAUUUAUCUGCAAAACUCAUUCCAGGCUUGGUACACUCACUGUCUGAAGUCUUACACCAUGAUGUGAACCGUCUGUGACAGCUGUCCACACAGAAUAUCACACAGAUACACGUGGCAGAGAGGCUGAUGUGGACACACAGAUUUGACAGUGCCUUGGAAGGGGGCUCCUGAUGGGGAUAAGAGCUAAAAAAGAGGCAGAGUGAGGGCUCCUGACAGACAAAUCAACAGCUCCAGGAAUAUUUCUGAUGUGUGUAGUUUCCUGAAAAGAGAUAUUGGAAAACCUUGAGUAAAAGGACCUGGUAGAGGACCCCAAAUGUGAGUAUAGAGCUACCUGCCCCAGUACAUUUUCCUGAGCAGGAAUUGGAAAAGAAAAGGACAUGAUCAGUGAUUCAAAUAAUUUUAGGCACCCCCACAAUGUGUUCAGUCCAAGGUCUCCACUCUUGUCUGAAGAUAAGCACCCUGACUUGUGCCCUCCUUGCUCCACAUGUGAGGGUCCCAGAGUGGAAAUAUGUCUUGUCCUAAGUGUUCUCAUGUGCUCACAGAAGUGUAUAUGUACAGUAGCCAAUGUGGUGAUGGGAAAGUGAUUAUUUAUUCAGAACCUUGUAUUUAGUUUAUGCUAUAAUAAAUUAUUCUGUACAAGAGACAA